AAUCGCUGGUCACGCUGUCGCCGCUUGUUCUUUGUUUGACACCUAAUUUCAUUUUUGCUCCAUAAUUUUCCUAGUUUAUUAUUAUAGUGUAGUUGCUUUGGAUACAUAGGUGAAGGCCGUGUUAAACUGGUCUUGCCAGUCUCGCGAAGGUAAUAGUUUUGGGUCAUUUAGUUUGGCCCACAGGUGGUUGGCACAGAAGUGGCCAAAAAGGUAAAACUUUGCUUCGCGUAAACAAAAACCGGAUUUAAUAGAUUUUUUGUGCCUUAUCAUGGGAGACAAUCUAAACCCGGAAAUAAAGGCUCGCGAUUAUCAACUGCGUCUUGCGGACUAUAUAACCAAACACAAUGGCAUUAUAUACUUGCCCACGGGCUCUGGGAAAACCUACGUGGCCAUCCUGGCCCUCAAGCGUUUUUCGCAGGACAUGGACAAAACCAUUGAAAAUGGGGGAAAACGGGCGGUGUUCAUGUGCAACACCGUGGAAUUAGCCCGUCAACAAUUGGUUGCAGUAAGGAAACAUACCAACUUGAAAGCCGGAUUAUAUGUGGGUGAACAGGGCGUGGACGAAUGGACUCGCGGCCAGUGGACGGAUGAAAUCCGAGAUAACCAAGUUCUGGUGGGAACGGCCCAGGUGAUCCUGGACUUGUUCACCCAGCGGCACAUGAAGCUGAGCUCCCUGAGCAUCGUGAUCAUAGACGAGUGCCACCACGGCACCGGGCACCAUCCGUUCCAUGAGUUCAUGCGCCUCUUUUUGUGCUUUGGCGGCGGAAUGGAACUGCCUCGCGUGGUGGGCCUCACCGGAGUCCUGAUCAAGGGCAACGAGAUCAAGCAGGUGGCCAAGAAGCUGCAGGAACUGGAGACCACGUACCGCGGGAACAUCAUCACCGUUGCGGAUACCAAGGAAAUGGAGAACGUGAUGCUGUACUCCACCAAGCCCAAGGAGUACCUGCUCACGUAUCCAGAUCAGGUACAGACUUUUGCAGUUAUACAAUCCAUUGGGUCACAGAUUGCGAAGUUCUUCGCAGCGCUGGACCUCAUGGACAUUGGCAUUCAGCCGGUGCGCAGGUCCAAAUCCUUGCAGUACCAACGCGAUCCGCAGAAGAAGGGUACGGUGAAGCAGUUGUUCAACGACUUCCAGUACCAGCUACAAGAGUACGGCAUCUAUGCGGCCUCCAUAGCCAUUGUCUCGCUGACUGUGGAGUUCGAGGUGAAGCGUCGCCAGGCGGAGACGCUCAGCCUGAAGCUGAUGCACCGCACGGCCAUCUCGCUGUGUGAGAACAUCCGGCACAUGCUGGUGCACAAGCUGCGCGACAUGGUGGACGACGACGAGGAGCUGGACGACAAGGCCAACACGGAGGAGACCAUCAUGAACUUCUCCACCCCCAAGGUGCAGACAUUUCUGCAGUAUCUAAAACGCUCCUUCGCCCACAAGGAUCCCAAGGACAUCUGCUGCCUGGUCUUUGUCGAACGGCGCUACACCUGCAAGUGCAUCUACGGCCUGCUACUGAACUUUAUCGAGGCCACGCCGGAGCUGCGAAAUGUGCUCACUCCGCAGUUCAUGGUGGGCCGCAACUCCAUCUCCCCGGACUUUGAGAACGUCCUGGAGCGCAAGUGGCAAAAAACGGCAAUUGAGCAGUUUCGUGCUGGCGAGGCCAAUGUGAUGGUCUGCUCAAGCGUUCUGGAAGAGGGCUUCGAUGUGCAGGCCUGCAACGAGGUCCUGAUCCUGGAUCCGCUCAAAACCUUCAACAUGUAUGUGCAGACGAAGGGUCGGGCUCGAUCCAAGGAAGCCAGAUUCGUGAUGUUUUCCUCCCACCUCGAUAAGCCCAAGAUAUCGCAGCAAAUUGUUCAGUAUCGCGAAGCCCAUGAGGAAAUUGCCAAGUAUCUAAAGGAUCGAGUGCUGGAUCGAACUGAGCCGGAAAUAUACCAGAUCAGACAGCACUUCCAGGACAUCAUUCCGGAGUUCGUCAACGAGCACGGAGCCGUUCUGUUGGCCAGCAAUGCCCUGAUCUUGCUCCAUCGCUACUGCCAGACCAUGCCCUCAGAUGCCUUUGGCUUUGUGAUCCCCUGGAUCAAUUUGCUGGACGAAAACGAAUGCAAGAGGCUUUUCGGAGACUCUGCGAAGACGAAGAAAGUAAUCUCCAUCAGUCUGCCACUGAACUCCAGGCUAAGGGACACGAUUUACAGCGAGCCCAUGGACUGCGUGAAGUCAGCUAAGGUUUCGGCCGCAUUCAAGACGUGUAAGCUACUCUACAGCUUGGGUGAGCUGAACGAGAGAUUCCUACCCGUAACAGUGAAGGAGCGGGUGGCGGCCAUUGCCGAUCUGCACUUUGAGCACUGGAAGAAGUACGGCGAUGAUGUGACUGCGGCUGUGCGCAAGGAUGUGGAGAGCAAGGUGCGCACUUACCGGACAGAUUGCCCGGCGGAGUUCUUUGAUGCUCGUCCCCGGGUUGGUGAGGUCUGCUAUGUCUACGAGAUCAUCUUGGAGCCACAGUUCGAGCGUUGUGACUACACGGAACACAUGUACACCAACCUAAAGACGUCGCGAAACUAUGCCCUAAUGCUGAGGAAAAAGCUGCCGCUUCUGGCUGAGAUGCCGCUGUUCAGUAAUCAGGGAAAACUGCAUGUCAAGGUGGCCGAGGAGCCAAUAGAGGUGGUUAUCCAGGAUGCCCAACAGUUGGAGCAGCUGCACCAGUUCCACGCCAUGGUCUUCCGCGAUCUCCUGAAGAUCUGGCAGCCAUUCUUUGUACUGGAUCGUCGCAGCAAGGAGAACUCGUACCUGGUGGUGCCACUCGAUCAGCGGAAGGGCAUUGACUGGCCACUGGUGACCAAGUUCCAGAGACUGCCCAAGGCCGAGAAGUCCAGUGUGCUGCAGCGCAAGCAGCAGCCUCCACCACGUCCCGAGGACUUCGAGGGCAGCAUUGUGACCCAGUGGUAUGCCAACUACGAGGAGAAGCGCAUGCUGGUGACCAAGGUGCACAGGGAACUCACUCCCUUCAGCCUGAUGGAGAAGAACCACCAGGACAAGAGCUACUACGAGUUCACCAUGUCCAAGUACAGCAACCACAUCGGCGACGUGGUGCACAGGGAUCAGUUUCUGAUCGAGGUGCGGGAACUCACGGAGCAGCUCAACUUCUAUGUGCAGCAGAGGGGCAAAUCCUCGGCUCAGAGCAAGGCCAGGGCGAAAGUGGUCCUGAUCCCCGAGCUGUGCCACAACUUUCAAUUCCCCGGCGACCUCUGGCUGAAGCUGAUCUUCCUGCCGAGCAUCCUGCGCCGCCUGCACUUCCUGCUCCAUGCGGAGUCCCUGCGCAAGCGAUUCAACAUCUUUUUGGGCCUCCAGCAACUGCCCUUGAAUGGGGCGAACUACAGACCAAAGCCAUUGGAAAUUGACUGGUCGCUGAAGAGGAAUGUGGACACCGUGGGCAAUGCCGUAGCCACUGAGGACGUGGAGGAGCCGCGAUCGCUGCUGGAACCCAUGCCCACCAAGUCCACGGAGACGGCCGUGGCCAAUCUGCACAUCGCAGACUUUGAGAAUUCCUGGCAGCAGUACAUGGAACCGGUUGACUUGUCGCGCAAAAUCAUGGGCGCCUAUGCCGUGGAGCUGGACUACUACUACAAGUUCACCAUGGGCCAAGUGGCGCGCCUGGACAAGAUUGAGUUUGAGGACAAGGAGUACUGGGCCGAGAAUCAAUUCAAUAUGCCUAAGGGCAAUAUCUAUAGCAGUGGAUCUCCGGCGAAGAUUAGUAGUCUGCCAGCUCUGAUGCCGGCCAAUCCCAGUUCGGUUCGCCUGACGGUGGAUCCCCUGCCCAUCCUGCAAAGAACCAUUUCGAAUGCUUGCAUAACACCAGCGGAGCAGGGUGAGUUCCUGGCUGCCAUCACCGCGUCGGGCAGCGCGGAUGUGUACGACAUGGAGCGCCUGGAGAUGCUGGGCGACUCCUUCCUCAAGCUGAGUGCCACGCUCUACCUGGCCAACAAGUAUCCGGACUGGAACGAGGGCACCCUCACGCAGGUCAAGUCCAAGCUGGUGUCCAACCGUAAUCUGCUGUACUGCCUCAGCGACACGGAUAUUCCCAGGAAGAUAAGCUCCGUUUUGUUUACUCCAAGGUACACAUGGGUGCCCCCAAGUGUUAGUCUGCCCCACAAUGUGUUGGCCUUGUGGCAGGAAAAGCCGGAGCUGGCGCAGCUGGUGGGUCCACACAACCUGAGGGAUCUGGCCCUCAGCGAUGAGGAAUCGCUAACCAGGAGCAACUGCAGCGAACUGAACUUCCGCAGCUUUGUGGAGGGCUGUCAAUCGAAUGUGUACACCCAUCAUGCCGGAGCCGACUUCUCCGCCGAGGUGAACUUCUGUGUGGGUCUGGCCAAGAUUGCGGAUAAGGUUGUGGCGGACACGCUAGAGGCGCUGCUGGGCGUAAUCGUCAAGAACUACGGACUGCAGCAUGCCUUCCGGAUGCUGGAAUACUUUGGCAUCUGCAAGGCGGACAUUGGAAAGCCUCUUUCCCAGCUGCUGGACCUCAGUUUGGGUGGUGCCAAGAUGCGGGCGAAUGUAAGCACCUCGGAAAUCGAUGGCUUCAUCAUCAAUCACCGCCAUCUGGAGCAGAAUCUGGGCUACACGUUCAAGGAUCGCGGGUACCUGCUGCAGGCACUCACCCAUCCCUCGUAUCCCACCAAUCGCAUUACCGGCUGCUACCAGGAGCUGGAGUUCAUAGGCGAUGCCAUCCUGGACUUCCUCAUCUCGGCCUACAUUUUCGAGAACAAUUCUAAAAUGAAUCCUGGCGCCCUCACAGAUCUGCGUUCUGCUUUGGUGAACAACACCACUUUGGCCUGCAUUUGCGUGCGGCAUCGGCUGCACUUCUUUAUCCUGGCGGAGAACUCGCUGCUCUCCGAGUCCAUAGCCAAGUUUGUGCAGUUCCAGGAGGGCCAGCGUCACAGGGUGACCAACCAUGUGAGGAUCCUGCUGGAGGAAGCCGACACGCAGCCCACUGCGCUGGACAUGGAUGACGAACUGGAGAUGUGCGAGCUAAAAGAGGCUCUCAAUGCCAUUGCUAAGGACGAAAAGAAGGGAGACGAUGUCCCGCCCAAGGGUGAUUUCAACAUGUCGACGAACGUGGAUGUGCCCAAGGCCUUGGGCGAUGUUCUGGAGGCUCUGAUUGCCGCCAUCUACCUGGAUUGCCGCGAUCUGCAACGCACCUGGGAGGUGAUCUUCAAGCUCUUCGAACCGGAGUUGUUCGAGUUCUCGCGCAACGUGCCCAUCAAUCCCAUCCGCCAGCUCACCGAGCACAAGCUGGCCAAUCCCGUCUUCAGCUCGCCCAUCGUCGACCAGGACAAGGUGAUGGUCAGCUGCCAGUUUACCUGCAUGGAGAAGACCAUCAAGGUGUACGGAUUCGGGAGCAACAAGAACCAGGCCAAGUUGGCGGCCGCCAAGCAUGCCCUCCAGAAGUUGAGCAAAUGUGAUGCCUAAUAUGAUGUCCCCUCGUCCUGUCUUCCUUUUCACUUUCAUAAGAUUUUUUUAAAAACCCCGCAUGCCACUGGCUAUCCGGCUUUGAAAAAAUCUUUUUAAAGUGCUACGGAAAGCUUGGAUCUGGAUAUAAUUUUUUUAUUGCUUUUAUGAACACCAGCUACUCAACGUCUGAGAACAUUCGAAUUUUUAGAUAAUUCUGUACUGUGUAUACAUAUAUAUAACAUUCAUUACUCUUCCAUUUUCCACUCCUAGAGAUUAACUAUACCGAUGACUCAUAAGAGUAUACUUUGUAAUCGUUAAAACGUAUGUACUCAAACUACGUAUCCAACUUUAUAAAGUAUAUGUGCUUUUGCUAAGCCGCAAUUAAGCUUAGGCGUAACACCAAUGCGACUUUGAAAAACUUAAUUGUAUAGACCUUAUUUAAAUUAGCCAUUGGUGUGGGCAUUAAGAUACAUUGCCAACAAAAAACCCAAUUAUAUUCACAUUUUUUUGGAUAGCACAUUAUACAAAAAUUAUAUCUAUCAGAAAUGUAUGUUUUUGUAAUUGUUAUUUGGAAAAAAACCAAAAUCAGAUAAUACUGAAAUUUUAUUUUUAAAUAGCUAGUAAAAAGCUUUUAGGACCGUAUGAAGUGUAUAUUUUCUUGAUCAGGAUUUAUGUUCAUUCGGUCAAUAUCCAUCGACAUCCCAACCAAUUUUCCAAAUCAAACCAGAAUAUUAAAAGUUAUUGACAAAUAAGUUUUAAAGAGCAAAAGAACUGUUUUAAAUUUGGCGUUUCUGCUGGUUUGAAAUUGUUAUUCGUUAAAAACAUAAAAUCUGCUAUUACACCAAA